CUGCUUUUCUGGAUGGAGUACAGUAGAGUCGCAGAAUGGCAAGGUGGAGUUUGUGGCGUGGACCCUCUGCACUCACCGUGACCUGUCUGGAUGAGCUGAUGGCAGGAGGUGUACGCAGGAGCAGCAGCAGCAUGCCGAUGGUCAGACAGGCCUUCACUGAGAGCAGCACCAUCAUCAAACCCUUCAAUGAGAUUCCUGGACUGUGGAAGAACGGUCUAGCCAACCUGUAUAAUUUCUGGAAGCUGGAUGGUUUCAAAAACCUUCACCGAAUCAUGGUGCAGAAUUUUAACACUUUUGGACCCAUUUACAGAGAAAAAGUAGGAUACUAUGAAAGUGUAAACAUCAUCAACCCAGAUGAUGCUGCCAUCCUGUUCAAAGCGGAGGGUUAUUAUCCAAAAAGGCUGAAAGUUGAAGCAUGGACCUCGUACAGAGACUACAGGAAUCGCAAAUAUGGAGUUCUACUCAAGAAUGGGGAGGAAUGGAGGUCAAAUCGGGUCAUCCUUAACAAGGAGGUGAUCUCGCCCAAGAUGCUGGGAAGCUUUGUGCCCUUGCUAGAUGAAGUGGGCCAAGACUUUGUGGCCAGGGUUCACAAGAAGAUACAACGGAACGGACAGAACAAGUGGACAACUGACCUCUCUCAAGAACUCUUCAAAUAUGCACUGGAGUCGGUGAGCUCAGUUCUAUAUGGCGAGCGUCUCGGUUUGAUGCUGGACUACAUCGAUCCGGAAGCCCAGCACUUCAUUGACUGCAUCACUCUGAUGUUCAAGACUACCUCACCCAUGCUGUACAUACCACCGUCUCUGCUCAGGCACGUUGGAGCCAAAGUGUGGCGGGAUCAUGUGGAAGCUUGGGAUGGAAUCUUUAAUCAUGCUGACCGCUGCAUCCAGAACAUCUACAGGCAGUUACGUCAGGAGAGUGGUCAAAUGACGAAAUACCCAGGAGUACUGGCCAGCCUGCUCCUGCUGGACAAGCUGUCCAUUGAAGACAUCAAGGCCAGUGUCACCGAGUUAAUGGCUGGGGGGGUCGAUACGACUUCUAUCACUUUGCUGUGGACGUUAUAUGAGCUGGCCAAACAUCCCAACCUCCAAGAAGAGCUGAGGGCAGAGGUGGCCGCUGCCAGGGUCCAGUGUCAAGGAGACAUGGUGGAGAUAUUGAAGCGGAUUCCUCUGGUCAAAGGAGCUCUGAAGGAAACACUAAGGUUGCAUCCAGUUGCAGUGAGCUUGCAAAGAUACACAGCUGAGGACAUCAUCAUUCAGAACUACCACAUUCCAGCAGGGACCCUGGUGCAGUUAGGACUCUAUGCAAUGGGAAGGGACCCUAAGGUGUUUUUUCGCCCGGAGCAAUAUCAGCCCUCUCGUUGGCUCAGGACAGAGACCCACUACUUCCGCAGCCUAAGCUUCGGCUUUGGCCCCCGCCAGUGUAUAGGACGCAGAAUAGCUGAGGCUGAGAUGCAAAUCUUCCUCAUCCAUAUUCUUGAGAACUUCAAGGUGGAGAAACAGCGACACGUAGAAGCUCAAAGCACCUUUGAGCUUAUACUCUUACCAGAUAAGCCCAUACUAUUAACUCUGAAGCCCCUGCACAGUAGUCAAUAGCAUUUCAGAGAACAUGCGGGAUGGAUCAUGUUUAUUUCUAGAGUCGUUGACAGCUAUGAAUCUUUUGAGGAUUUUUGUUUGAGAAAUGCAAACUUAAAUUAUUCUUAAUGAGUGAGCAAAGUCAUUUAUUAGGUCACGGUCCUGUUUGAGUCUCACCUUAAAGAAUGUACAUAUUCUCUAUUCCACGUGUGCAUUGCAAAUAUACAUGGCCAAACUAGUGGCAAAUAAAAUA